AUGCAGGCAGGGCCAUAUACCUAUCAUAAUAAACCACUGAUUUUGCAAAACUGGGAAAGAGAUUUUCACUUUGAUCCUAAGUGUAUUACGACUAUACCAUUGUGGAUACAAUUGCCUAACUUAUCAGUUGGAUACUGGACAGCAGAUGCAUUAAGUAAGGUGGCAAGUGCUGUGGGAAUGCCUAUGUAUACAGACAGAUACACAGCUGAAUUAGGGAAGAUUUCUUUUGCAAGAAUACUUGUGAAAGUGGACAUUACAAAACCCUUGGUGGAGACAGUUGAAAUCAUUACUCCAACUUGUGUGAAGCAGCAGGAAAUAGUGUAUGAAUGGAGGCCAAAAUUUUGCUCUGAGUGCUUGCACUUUGGGCAUGAAUUGAUUGAAUGCUGGAAGACGAAUAAGAAAGAGGAGAAUGAAGAAUUCCAAUUGCCUAGAAGAAGAAGUAGAGGAAGAAGGAACAGAAUCAUACAAGAGUGGAAACCAAAAGAACAACAAGCACAAGAGGAGACAAAUGAAAUGGCCAAUGUGGUACAGGAGCAGGUGGAGAAUGAAAAGCAACCACAUCACAGUCUAGCAGACCAAAGAGGAAAAAAGGUAAUAAAUACAAAGGAAAAUGAAAAACAGGCUUACUCCCUGAGCAACCAGAGAAAAAGUGAAGAAGAAAAUAGAUUUGCAGUGCUGAAAAAAAUGUCACAUGAAGAUGAGCAGGGAGGAGGAAUGGUGCAGGAGAGGGUACAACAACCACCAUGA